CUUAUUUUUGGUUUUCGUUUUUUGCGCAUUAAUCCGUGAUCGCUUUUGUAAACUUUGUCCGCGACUGUUUGCUGAUUUUUAAGUACAGAGCAAGCUCCAGUUAAAUUCGAAGUUAUUUCUCCUUUGUUGCUCCGAAUAAGAUAUAAGUCAUAUAAGGUCGACAACAAAACUUUUCUAGUAUAAAAAUGCGACGUCCAAAACCCCGAUCGCGUGCUCCAAAGCGAAAAAACCCCGAAGAAGCGACGGCCAGUGCCAACGGCUCAACAGCCGCUGACUCCGCACAGAUGUCUGUAGAAUCUCCAGAAUCUCCGGAAUCCGCGCAACCUGCCCAGUCGUCUACGAAGACCACUCCAGCACGAGUGUCGCCUCGUGUUACGCGUUCGGGCAAGAAGGGUCCUCAGCCGCGCGCACCCCUUACCAAGAAAUCGGCAGCUCCCAAGAAAGCCAAAACAGAGCCAAUCACAUUUCAGGAGUUGGCUGAUCGGUUGGAGCCCCAUCCGCAGCCCGCGACGAACUGGCGCAAAUUCAUCGAUCGCAAUGAAAAGAUGCUCAUGUUCUAUGAUCUUGAUCUGAAGGCGCCCAUUCCCAAGAUCUCACGCAGUGUGCAGGUGCGCUGCACGGCGGUUAAAACCGGCAAGAAGAAGACAGAAUACAAACUGGUGCCCACUGUGCAUAUUGACGGGAAGAUCGUGUCCCCGGCCAGCAUAAAGAGUGUAAUAAAAGGGGACUAUGUUGAGACGAUUGACGAUCUUACAAAACUGGUGAACCACUUUGGCGUGCUGGAAAAUUUGCACAAUAUGAAGGAUGGCGAGGAUGGUAGCACAAAUUUGGAAGAUGGAAAAGAAGCGUCUUCUGCGGACUCGCUCUCUUCUGCUGUUGCCUCAUCCUCCUCCGCCGAUCCACAUGCCGCUCUUUCAACCGAUGUGAUGAAAGAGUAGAUAUCGCGGAUAUUCUUUCUUGCUGACAUUGAAUGCUUUGUGCACUUUCACGAUGGAGGAUGGACUAUCAAAUGCCGGGAGAGGGAGUGGUGUUCAGCGGGAGCGAUAGCUACGAAUUUUUGUUUGUUCCAUAUAUAAAGUAGUGGCCAUUAUUGGCCGCUUAAUAUCUGUAAAUAGUUUUCGUAUUUUUUUCCAACUGUUUGUCAGAUACUAAACGGAGCUUAACUAUAUUUUACACUGCAUGAUUUAUCGGAUUUUAUCCACAGGAAAUCCACAGAAAAUGUUGCUUACUUACCCGACAGUCAAAUAUGGAAAAAACAUUUGCAGUACGAAUUUGAUAAAGAUGUUCUGCUUGUUGGCGCACCGUCUUCGGCAUUCCGCG